GCAUUUAAUCUUAUGAGAGUCACAUCGGGAUAUUUGAGCAGUUUUUAUCAGAUGUUCCAAGUAUUUUAGUGUAUAACGAGUUUAAUGUAGCGUAAUCUCAUCAGUGACCGAGCCACGAGGACGCCGCGCAGGGCUGAGCUUCCAGCGUCUUCAAGUAUUUCUACCCGCUUGCUGCUCCGCCGCUAAAACUCCGCCAGCGUUUGACUCACUCCGUGGCAGGGCUUCCAGGAUUUCCACUUGUCACUCCACGAUACCGACAACUAAGUGCAUCCCCCCUCAGCUAAAAUGUCCAAGUUGGACCAGAUCCUGAUUCUCGACCCUCCCUCCGACCUCAGAUUUAAAGGUCCGUUCACAGAUGUAGUCACCGCUAACCUCAAACUGAAGAACCCAUCUGAUAGACGAGUAUGUUUCAAAGUGAAGACGACGGCGCCUCGCAGGUACUGCGUACGGCCAAACAGCGGCGUCAUCGACCCGGGUGCAGCCGUCAACAUCUCUGUUAUGCUACAACCCUUUGACUAUGACCCCAAUGAAAAAAGUAAACACAAAUUUAUGGUUCAGACGAUUUUCAUCCCAUCAAAUGUUUCUGACAAUGACACCGUGUGGAAAGAUGCAAAACCUGAAGAUCUCAUGGAUUCCAAGCUGAGAUGCGUCUUCGAGUUGCCUUCUGAAAACGAAGUGAACGACGUGGAAGUGACGCGAGCGACCCCGGUGAUGAACUCCCUGAAGUCCGAGCCGACGGCUGUGGCUGCCGCGGGAGACGAACCGGAGGUGAAGAAGCUGCAGGAGAGGUGCAAGAGGCUGCAGUCGGACAUAAACAAGCUCAGCGAGGAAAACAGGCAACUGAAGGAAGAGGGACUGAGGAUCAGAAAGAUGCAGCCGCGCCCAGACCACAUGACAUCAAACUCAACCAACAUCGUCGGCCGAGAAACCAGCGCCGCCUUCCUGCCCUCCCUCCUCGUCGUCAUAGCAGCCAUCUUCAUCGGAUUUUUCUUCGGGAAGUUCAUCUUGUAGAUUGGUAACGCAUAUGCCGGCCAUAUCCCUUUGCUCCGGCCCCAAAAAGAAAAAAAGAAAACAAACGACGACGACGACGAGGCCUGGAAGAGCAAGAAGUCUUUCUGUUGACUUUGCCAUAUCAUCGGUUGUGUGGCCUACAGUGAACGCAUCUGUACAGCUUCAUCCAAAGGCGUCGCCUUUUUACAAUGUCGCACAUUUAUUGAGCCCAGAGAGUUCACUUAAAAAAACAAACAAAAUUAAUCCCUUUUUUGUUUUUUCAGUUUUUGAUUAAUGGGUUUGCAGGUAAUUUGGUGGGACAAUGGAAAGACGGAUCACGGAAAAACGGGGAACCAUUGGGAAGAAGCAGUCCAGUUUUUGUUCCUUUCUUUCCUUCUUUCUUUCUUUUUUCUCUCUUUCUCUGUGUGCUUUUAAAAUAGGAGUUGAAAGAAAUGCUAGGCGUCUUGUAAAUGUUAUUUUAAAUCCUUCCAAGCAAAAACAUGGACAGAACCUCCAUUGCUGGACUGCCUCUGAAGUAAAUUUGUUUGUAAUUUCUACUUUUUUUUGUUGGAAUGUUCAAAUCCAGCUGAGGAAAUCGGUGCCUCGUUAUGUGCAUUUUUCCUGUCCUUUUCCUCACAAUUCAGAAUUAUUAUUAUUAUAUUAUUAUUAUUAAUAAACAUUAUUCACAUUUAUUCCCUCUGAGGCAAGUAUUGACUGAAAUAAGGUUUCCAUUUUUAAAAUGAUCUCCUAUGGUAUUAAUCAUUGACCAAAUAAAAUUGAAAAAAAUGUGGUUUUCAUAGCCAUCUUUUGCUUUUGUCACUUCCAGGAUCUUUACAGUUGUUUAGAGUUUAGGUAGAUAUCAACACAUAUUUAAAACUAACAUUCUUUAACUUUUCUUAAAUGAUGGAAUAUUGCUUCGAUUGUGCUUUUACACCAAAACAUUUGGAGAUUUUGAGAUCAAUUUAACUUAUUUACAAGAAAAAAACUUCUGAAGUCUCUGAAAUUGCCAUGGGAUCGACAGCUGAAAUGUUUUUGUUUUAAGUAUCUGAAAAACUGCCAAGAUAUUGACGUGACAUUUCUUAUCACAGUUUUCACUGUUUUAUUUCUAAGCAGUUAUAAAACCUUUUAGCUGCAGCUAAACCAGUAAUUAAAUAAGUUGAAAAUGUGACUUUGAAAAAUAAACACUUUUCUUUACAUUAGUUCUACAUUUAUAACUAUGUAGAACUAAAUUUUGUUCCCACAUUUAGUCGCAAAUUAAAUCUUUAUUUUCCAAAAGUAUCGUCUAAUUUUCAAAUCAGACCUAAAUAUUUAGCUUGCUAAAUAAAUAUGUAUGUUGCUAGAUAAAAAUUUAGCAAGGAAGUUAAAUAUUUGGCUUGCUAGCUAAAUAUGUAGAUGGAUAGCUAAAUAUUUAGCUUGGUUGUUACAAGCUAAAUAUUUAGCAAGAAAGCGAAAUAUUUGGCUCACUAGAUAAAUAUUUAGCUUGCUAACUAAAUAUGUAUGUUGCUAGCUAAAUAUUUAGCUUGGUAGUUACGAGCUAAAUAUUUAGCUCAUAAACCAAAGUUUAGCUUCUAGGUAAAUUUAGCUGAGACCUAAAUAUUUGGUUUUGGAAAAUAAAUGUUUGGAUAUUUAAGAACAUUGACAUUUAUAGAUGUAUGAGUAAUAUAUUUAUAUUUUUCUUUAUGAAAGGCUAAGUAAAUUAGCCAAAUUAGUGAUGUUUUUUGUAUCUUUACAAAGGCCUAUCAAAAAGUGAAAUUCAAACAUUAUUUACUUCAAGCACAAACUGAAAGGUUUGGUUUAAUCUGCUGUGGGACGAUGUUAAAGUGACCCAACAAUCCAGAACCAAAGCUCGGGUUCUGCUGGUCUUUUCUAUCAGAUCUGGUGGAGAUCAACCGAGGCAAUUCCAUGUUUACAGCUCAUUAUGACGUUCUGCGUGAUGGAGUCUGUUAUGGUAAAUUCAGCCAAAUAAAGAGCUGAAAUUAGCUCUCGUUGAAUCGUUUUAUCAAAGCGUGAAGUCGAGGUGAUUCCACAGACACGAGAUCGUGGGAAACGAAAUGUUGGCCUUUUCCCUUUUCCCUCUUGGCAGCAGAACUGAAUAUUAAACUCAAGACUGUUGGGGUCAAAAUGACCGGCGUAGAAAAUGCUGGCAGUGUUUCCAUGCUCAUAAAUCACAGUCAAAUAGAACUGCCUGUGAAAACUCUGAACUGUAUUUUGUUUAUUUUAGGAACUAAACUUGAAAGCGUAAAGGAUUUUCUUAUGAAGUUUUGUUCAAUGAAUUAAGAUGGUAAUGGAGCUUUUUAAAAUGUUUCUGUUUUUUGUCGUAAAGUGAUCACAUUUUGGACAUUUCUGAGCUUGAAAAGUUUUAAAAAAAUAAUGUUUCAACGGUUGAAAAUUUGCAAGUUUAAAUUUGGUUGAAGAAACAUAUUUCUGAGUUUUGAAAGUCAAAAAAUUUGCAGAUAAAAAAAGGUUUGAGAUUAAUCUUAGAAAUCUGAGAAAAAGAAAUCUUGGAAAUAUCAGAUCCAGAAGUAACAAAUGUUUGACUACUGAAACUUGGAAAAUGUCUGGAAAAACCUAAUUCAAAUUUGUGACCUUUGAAACUUUCUUUCCUUUGGAAUAUUUCUCAGAAUUUCUAAUUUUUGAACUCCAAAAUUUCCAUGUUUUUCCAUAAACCUUUUGAGUUCUUUUGGUGAUUUAUUUUUCCUUUCUAGUAAACAAAGAACCACAUGAAGCAAUGUUUAAAAUGUCUAACUUUGUGACCAAAACAAUUUUUUGUUUACAGUUUUCGUUAAAUGAUCAAAACAAAACCAUUAAUACUGUAAUCCAAUAUUCCUGCUUACCCGACAAGAAAUUCAAACGUUCCACUUGGCAGAACAUCAUAUCCUGGAACAAUCUUGACGUCAUUUCCUGUCAUGUGAAUAAACUAAUUAAAUAACUUUGUGCUCAAAUAACAGAAAACGUUAAUUUCUGGUUCCGUUUAAUGAUAUUAUCUUCAUGUUAUGAUUGCUUAAAUCUAAUAAUUUUGGAAGGAAACGUUGAACGUCUGUAGUUUUAUUGGCUCAAACAUGGCGGAGCUCGUGGUCAAGCUGUUGAGACCAAGGAUGCAAAACGGCGACAUGUUCGGGAAGAAGCAAUGACUUGGACUGAUCACGGUGUAAGUAAGCUCUUUAAUAAAUGAGAAUGGCAAGUU